CCCCCGGAAAAGUCCCUCGCUUCGGCCCUCGCCACCCACCCUUUUCUAUCGCUCCGAGGCCUGAGUCGACUCCUUCCCCUCUUCUCCCUCACUCCUCGCAGCCGCCACUUCUAGAAGCUUCGAGGCUGCUGCUGCGCCCAUGGCCGCGGAAGCCAAGACGCCGUCCCUCGCUGAGGAAUAUUCACUUCCACCACAAGAAGUUGCAGUGGAAAAGGCAGCUGAGGAGAAGCCCUCUAGUGGUACUGAGACUGAAGCUGCUCCCUCAACCAAUGAUGAAGCUCCUCCAUCUGUAGAAGACAAGAAUGAAACUUCUGAAGUACAAGAUACUGCUGAAAAGUCAGAAGCAGAAGAAACUAACACUGCUGCAGAGGAAACACCUGCUGCAGAGGAAGCAAGUGAGACCACUGAGGAGGAAGAGGCUGAGAAACCUGAGAUCAAGAUUGAAACAGCUCCAGCAGAUUUUCGUUUCCCAACAACAAAUCAAACGAGGCACUGUUUCACACGCUAUGUUGAAUACCACAGGUGUGUUGCUGCAAAAGGUGAGGAUGCACCUGAGUGUGAUAAGUUUGCCAAGUACUAUCGAUCCCUGUGCCCAGGUGAAUGGGUUGAUCGCUGGAAUGAGCAACGUGAAAAUGGCACCUUCCCUGGACCUCUGUAAUGCUACAAUGCAAAAGAACUAUGAACUCACGAUGUUGUGCCGGCUUCUCUUGCUUCCUUGGUAACUGGCGCCAAGUUAUCAGGGACAGAUAAAUCAUCCUUUUUGGAGCUCUCUACAAAAUAAGAGAUUCUUUUUGACUUGAAGAAUGCCGUGUUGCUCUUCCUAACGGUCAUGUUCUGUGCUGCUGAGAAACUAGCGUCACAGUUACAAUUUUCCUUAUACAGUUAAAAAUAUGAUUCAUGAUUCCCCAUCUUUGCACUGUAAUGCAGUUUGAGUGGGCUUACGAUGCAAAUUUGAUGCACUGAGAUAAUCUUUUUCAAAGUAGUUAGCGCCUCCGUGGCGAUAGACAUGCUCACAUGCAUAAUAAAGUAGUCUAGAGUUUUGCACCGCUGCGAAGGAACGUUGCUGCUGCAUCCAGUGUUUACCAAUUUUCGGAAGUUGCAAGGUUUGGGUUUGUUUA